CAAGAGCGGUGGUGCGUCUGCCUACUCUGAGCUCGAGAAGGCUGCCGGCGCUCUCCAGGACAAGUACGCCGAGUACUACGUCAAGGUCAGCAAGAAGGCUCAGGCCAACGCCGACUAUGUCAACAAGGAGUACACUCGUCUGCAGGGAUUGAUCAAGAAGGGUGGCCUCGCGCCGGAGAAGCUUGACGACCUCGUCAGCCGAAGCAACAUCCUGAGCAAGUUCAAGGGCGACGUCGAGGAGACCAUUGCGUCUAUCAAGGAAGAGCUUUAGAUGAGGAACCUUUAUGAUGUAUAUGCUAAGUAGUACCUACGCGUCACGAUAGAACAUGACAAAAAGUUUCUACCGCUCUGUUGACACCAGUGAAAGGCUGCAUCGUGGAAGUCACGAUGCUCCCGUGAUGAGCUUAGCGUUCAGUAAUCAUAUCCGUAGCAUAGGCCCCCGUUGGCUCGUACCUGCCGCAAUCAAGUGCUUUGCAGUCGCUUAUUUUCGUUAUGAUAUGAUCGAUACGCCAAAUACCAAACAACGCGAACAGCAUCCCACAAAGUCACGCAUACUGUCUCGACAGCGCUCAGCCUCAUACCGGAAUACACAAGCUGAUUGCAUACGGCCCUUCGCGCAAGACUCAGAAUACCGUAGACCGGAUCCUCAUCAGACUUACAACCUCUUCACGAAUCAUGACAUUACGAACACCGCUCCUCUGCGUCCUCGCAGCCUUCAUCCCUCCUCUCGCCGUCGUCAUCGUUCGCGGCAUCAGCGUGCAACUGGCGGUCAAUUUCGUGCUGUUGUUUUUCGGGUGGUUUCCCGCUAUGUGUCAUGCUUGGUAUAUCACUAUUGCAGGGACGUCGGGUCGAAAGAAGGCCUGAGUGAAACGUGGGUUGGGGAUUGGGUAUGGGGCACUGUCAAUGGUUUGGUGAUUGGUGGUUUUGAGGGGCCACGAUCGCACAGGUUUUCGAUUAGAUUGCCGGCUUUAGCUAUGCUAUGGGCGGUGGAACGGUGUAUCUGCAAGAAAGGAUCGUAACAAUUCAUAAGUGUGAUGAAGUCGAAUGUAAUGGAGUCCAAAAUGGGAGGCGGAACCUCGAGGCCAAUUGUGCCAUUGUCGCGCAUUUCAUUGAUUUAACAAUAGCAAGGCGCAUUUAUGCAAGCAAACAAAUGACUCUGGGA